AUGACUCUCGUUCAAAAGACACUGGCCGGCCUGGCUGCGCUUCUUUCACUCGCUGGUGGCGUGGCGUUCAUGAUCCUUGCAGGUAAAAUCUUUAUCUGGCUCGGACCAGUGGCUGACAGGUGGGAACGAUCGCCGUUGGCCUAUAUCGUCGUAUGGCUGUUGAUUAUCCUGGUAUCUUUCCCGCCAGUCGUGGGCUGGGCGACACUUGGAACAAUAGCCGGCUUUCUUUUUGGAUUCUGGAAAGGGUGGAUUGUCUACACGACGGCCACUGUAAUCGGCUCGACACUUUCGUUUAUUAUUUGCCGCACAGUGCUUUCGGGCUUUGUCCAUCGCAUGUUGGAGAAUGACAAGCGAUUCGCUGCGCUUGCAUUGACUCUUAAAUACGAUGGUCUCAAACUCUUAUGCAUGAUCCGACUCUGCCCACUGCCGUACUCAUUGUGCAACGGCGCAAUAUCGACAUUUCCCACAGUUCAACCCCUCAAUUACGGUCUUGCUACGGCAUUAACAGCACCCAAGUUCAUGAUGAAUGCUUUUAUUGGAAGCCGAAUUCGCUUGUUAUCGGAGAAGAACGAAGAGAUGAGUGCUGGCUCCAAGGCCGUCAACAUCAUUAGCAUCAUAAUUUCAAUUUCUAUUGGCGUCGGCACUGGUAUAUAUAUCUAUAGAAGGACAUUGGCUCGCGCAAAAGAGCUCGAAGCUCAAGAACGGGCGGGCAUCCGACAAUCCAUACAAGAGGAUCACGCAGCAGGGCGUCCCCACCGUAGCUUCUCAAACGAUCCAGACGUCAAUGCGGCAGCGUCGACUUUGGCUCGCGAUGAAGAAGAACAGCUUGCAUUUCACGAUUUCGAUGAAGACAACAUCGAUUUGAUUGUCGAAGGAGACGAUCUAAACGAGCCCCGCGGCCCGAAACAGUAUCGAGAUGAGUUUACCGAUAAUGAUUCCGAUGUCUUUGGGGAUGGCGACGGAGAAGAAGACUCGGAGGCGUACGGACUGCAUAGCCACGUAAGAGAGUAG